UGGCUAUUAUUUUUAAUCAUAUUUAGAUAUUUCAACUGGUAAACAAUAUACACAUUUUUUAUUUUAUACUAAAAUCGGAUAAACCAAUGUCAACCGCUGCCUACAAGGGACUGAAGGGGGUGCUGCUCGAUCUCAGCGGCACACUCCAUAUUGACAACGUAGUGACACCGCGCGCGAUUGAGGCACUAGCAAACCUGCGCACAGCGGGUAUCAGCGUGCGGUUUGUGACAAACUCAACCAAAACCAGCGACGAGCGCCUGUACAACAAGCUCACAAGACUCGGGUUUGCGCUCGACCGCAGCGAAAUAUUUACUUCACUCAGUGCUGCCAAAAGACUAGUCAAGGAGCGCAACCACCGACCACUCCUGCUUCUAGAGGACAACGCCCUGGAACAAUUCGCGGAUAUUGACCAGUGCGCACCAUACACUGCCGUGGUGGUGGGCCUGGCGCCAUCGAAAUUUGAUUACGCGCAUAUGAACCAGGCAUUUGGAGCGCUCCUCUCGGGCGCUGAACUUGUCGGCAUUCACCGUGGAAAGUACUAUGCAGAGACGGAGAACAAACUGUCAAUGGGGCCUGGCGGAUUUGUGGCUGCGCUCGAGUAUGCGGCGGAUAAAAAAGCGAUAUUGGUUGGAAAGCCGAUGAGGGAGUUUUAUGAGCUGGCGCUUAAGGACAUGGGGCUGCUUGGAUCGCCAGGGUCCGUGGCCAUGAUUGGCGAUGACGUGCUUGCGGACUUGGGCGGUGGUGCGCAGGAUCUCGGGCUUGUGCGCUUCUUAGUGCGCACGGGAAAGUACCGAUCCAACGAUGAGGAAAAGGCUCAAGAGCCAUUGGAUGGCGUGUUUGACUCGUUUGCGGAUAUUGUGGAUGCCAUGGUUAGUUGAAGGAUAACCAAAUAGAUAUAUUGUCGUUUUACAGGAGCAUCGGAUGCAAGAGAAAAAGUGGAAAAAAACGAAGUGAAUCAAAACGAUUAACGAUUAGACAUAAUUGGGCCUAAAGCUGGGCCUUGGCCGAAAGGGGUGACUCGGGAGCCUCAGAGGCAGAUGUGCUCUUAGCAGAGACAGGCGACUCGGGAGCCUCAGAGGCAGAUGUGCUCUUAGCAGAGACAGGCGACUCGGGAGC